CCCCGAUAGCUCCCAGUUGCGGGCUGCUCGGCUAUAGCAAGUAAUAAAUCGAGAACUAAACAAUUUCGUCGUGGUGUAGAGAAAGUAUUAUAGUUAACCAACGAAAUGGCUCAGAAAAUAUUCUGCAUUAUAUUGAUGGCGACUCUACUCGUACUCAGUGCCAAUGCCCGACCUUCGGCGGGGGAUGCAAAGGUGGACCCCAGCGAAUAUCACGGAAAUCUCUCCGUGGAAACGGUGCUGAAAGUGCAGCAGUGCGAGAAGGACUCCAAUGCAAUGGAGCUGUGCAUGAGGUGCGCCAAGGUGACCAAGUCGGAUAUCGUGUAUCCUGUUUGCUGCAGCAACGACGAUGGCAUCAAGGACUGGUGCCGCGAAUACGUGUACUACGGCAACGAGGAGGGCCAGGAUUAGGAGACAAAUUGUAGAUUAUGUCGUACUCCUGUAUAGAUUGGCUGUGAUAACCCACUGUGUAUUUAUUUUAAAUUAUAUUUAGGAAUAAACAAGGCUAAAUUAGCGUA